AGCCUCCUGAAACAGCGAGAGGAAGCUGCUGCUUUGGGUGCUUGGCUGCCGUCGGGCCUGCUCUUCCUCCCUCGCUCGCCCCUCAUGGCCUCUCCGAGGCUGGAGACCUUCUGCUGCCCCAACCGGGACGCGGCCUCGCAGCUGCUGCUCGCUUUCCAGCCGCAGGUCUUCUGCGGGGUUUGCUUGGGCAGCGCCUCGGCCGGCCUGGCGCUCAGCGCCCUGCAGCUGCUGCCCAAGAGGGGCCAAGGCGCCAGGAAGGUGCCCAAGGCGGCGGCGUCCUCGUCCUCCACCAUCCUGCUCCUCAUCUCCGCCUGCGACAUGCUGGGCGCUUUAGGUAUAAUCUUCAGAUCAACUGUCUGGUUGGGGUUCCCAGACUUUGUAGCAAACAUAUCUGUGGUGAAUGGGACGGAUGUUUGGCCUGCUGCCUUCUGUGUAGGAAGUGCGAUGUGGAUCCAACUCUUGUACAGUGCUGGUUUUUGGUGGCUGUUUUGCUAUGCUGUAGAUUCCUACUUGGUUGUUAGAAGAUCGGCAGGGAUGAGUACAAUUGUGUUGUAUCACAUGAUGACGUGGGGCCUGGCGAUCUUGCUGUGCGUGGAGGGAAUUGCGAUGCUAUACUACCCUUCAGUUUCUAGUUGCGAAAAUGGUCUGGAGCAUGCGAUUCCCCAUUACGUCACGACCUACGUUCCAUUGGUGCUUGUUCUGGUGGCGAACCCAGUCCUUUUCAGCAGGACAGUCACCGCUGUUGCAUCCUUACUGAAGGGAAGACAAGGGAUCUAUACAGAGAAUGAAAGGCGCCUGGGGACAGAGAUCAAAGUUCGCUUUUUCAAAAUCAUGCUGGUGGUUGUUAUUUGCUGGUCAUCAAAUAUCAUCAACGAGGGCCUCCUGUUCUACCUGGAAAUGCAGCCAGAUAUCAAUGGAAGCCCCUUGAAACACGUCCGGAACGCUGCACUGAUCACGUGGAUCAUAAUGGGAGUACUGAAUCCAAUGCAAGGCUUCCUUUUUACACUGGCUUUCUACGGAUGGACGGGCUGGAAGUUGGACCUGCGCUGGAGAAAAAGCGAAAUACCAUGGGAAUCAAUGUCCACGUCAACAGCUGCUGAAAAUGCUUACAGCUUGCCAAGUGGAAACUCUGUGAAUUUCCCCGACUCAAAGAAAACGACAGCAGAGCCAAACCAUCAGGCGGAUGAAACCUUAAGCAUGCUGUCUGAAGGUUCUGAUGCUAGCACAAUUGAAAUCCAUAUCUCAAGUGGAGCCCAUGAAUUAGAUGGUAAUGAUGCUGAUGUUGAAUAA